AUGAUUAAUUCUUCUUCACUUCCAACCCCACUUGAAAACCAUUACAUCCUACUCAGACAUGGCCGAUCGAAGGCAAAUGUUGCGGGUGUCGUGGUGUCAACACUGGAAAAUGGCUGUCCGCCUGCCUCACCAGCUGAAUCUUCCUCAGGCCCUCACGGAGAGAACAAUGGUUGGGGUUUAACUUCGGUGGGAGAGGAACAAGUGAAGCGCGCAGCCCAAGAUGUUUUGGAAUACCUUCUCACCGCUCAUAACCUCAACCCUUCCCGCACAGCUCGUGUUUCAGAGGUCCGAGAUAUGCCCGGUGACCCCGAAGGCAUCGUGAAAUCGCAGAAACCCAUCAGACUAGCAAUUUACACGUCUCCAUUUUUGAGAACUCUCGAGACCGCUGCAAUCGUGCACGAUCACAUUUCUAAUUACCUUGGAGGUUCUGAAGAUGAUUUGGGUUUCCCAAGUGCCCCAAGACGAAUUAUCUUAUAUCCCUCUGUCAUCACGGUCCAAGGCUUGCGAGAACGGAAUUUUGGAAUUUAUGAGUUAAAACCUGAUCAUGAAUCUUAUAACAAAGUUUGGAAAUUGGAUGGGGAAGUGGACAGUAAAAGCAAUGGGCAUGACAAUGAUGAAAUUUUGGACAAGUACAGAGAGAUUGGGGUUGAAACUUGUGAGCAAGUUCAGUCUCGCAUGUGUGGCGUGAUUAAAGAAAUUGAAUUGGACCUUGGCCACAGGAUGAGGAUCGAGGAUGUACAAGAAGCGGAAAAUGUGGCGAUACUGGUGAGCCAUGGUGAUUCAUUGCAAAUUUUGCAAACGGCUUUUGAGGAUGUGAAGCCGACAGCUCAUAGAAAGUUGAAUCACCUGGGAACCGCCGAGUGGAGAAUUUUUUGA